AUUCUUUCUUCCUUCUAAAACAAACUCAACCUUCUUUCUUUUUAUAUAUUUAUUUCUCUUAGACAAUAGACUUUAUUUAUUUAAUAUUUUAAUUUUAAAGAUGAUAUCAAGCCAUCGCACUAAUAAGUCUCGAGGAUUGAAUUAUUCAUUCGUAUUGUUUCUAUUGCUUUUUUUGUUCAACAUCUGUAGUACAGCAUACGUCAAUGCAGAAUCAACCGAUAACCAUGUAGAAUAUAUCCUUGAAUUCGCUACAUUGAAACAAGUAACAAAUUUCGUCAAGGAACAUACGAAAUCGAAAGAAAUUAUUCGUGUACGCCAAACAUAUGAAUCUGAUCUUUUUAAAGGUGUAGCCGUCGAGUUUAGUGACGAAAAAGUUGCCAAAAGCAUAUUGGAUCAAGUCAGUAUCUUAAAAUUCUGGCCUAUUUAUCACCAUAUUGGUCCACAGGCACCUUCCCAUUCACAAAAAAAGAAUAAGUCUACCACGGUUACUACUCGUUUUAUUCCAGAGAACAAGGACACAAUCAGCAUUUUGACCCAGGAGAACAAUAGAUUCGAAAACCUGAAAUCAAACGGAACAGGAAUUAAAAUUGGUAUUAUUGAUUCAGGUAUCGAUUACACUCAUCCUGCACUAGGCGGGUGUUUCGGCAAAGGGUGUAAAGUCGCUUAUGGUUAUGAUUUGGUUGGAAAUAAUUUUGAUGGUCUUCCCAACUCUAUAAAAGAAAGCAGUGAUCCUAUUGAUGAUUGUCCUUCUAACUCAACUUCAGCCACUGGACAUGGAACAUUUGUUGCUGGUAUUAUUGCAGCUGAUGACAAAAUUUAUAAUUGGCACGGUGUCGCUCCUGGUGCUACACUCGGCAUGUGGAAGGUCUAUGGCUGUAAUUAUGCUAGUUCACCCAAUGAUAUCAUGUUGAAAGCAAUGGAAAUGGCAUACAAGGCUGGUAUGGACGUGAUCAGCAUUUCUUCUGGUGUUAGCGGAGGAUGGGACGAAAGUGUAUUGUCUGUGAUGGCCGAUAGAUUGGUGGCUAAAGGAGUUCAUGUUGUUGCUGGUGUUGGCAAUAGUGGCACAAGUGGAAUCUUUUUGACUUCUUCUCCUGCAAGUGGUGAAAAAGUCAUCAGUGUUGGAUCUACAGACAAUAAGCAUGCUCCUGGGUAUCUUCUCGAAUUGGUUAACCCAAAAAAAUCGAUUCCUUAUCGUACCUUUGUCAGUUCUGCACUUACAUUAAAUAGUACAUUGCCCAUAGUCGCUUCAGGCAAAAAGUUCAACCAAGCUAAUGAUGCUUGCAAGAAACUGACUGGCAAGAAAUACAAGAACAGCAUUGUCUUGAUACAUCAAGGAGGUUGUGAUACUAUGAAAAAGAUUGAACAUGCCUACCGCGCUGGUGCUAUUGCUGUUGUACUGUAUACUGAUAUCAAAGAUGCUGCUACUACUUACGAGGCAUUGACACAUGCCACUUUGCCUAUUGCUUUCAUUAAUAAUGAUGAUGGCCGUACAGUCUUUAAAGCUAUAUCCAAGAAGACAAAGGCACGAUUUACAAACACACUUGUUGCUCUUGACACUAAUUCUGCCUCUGGAAUUUCCUACUUUUCUACCUUGGGUCCUACUAAUGAACUUCAAAUUAAGCCUGAACUAGUUGCGGUAGGAAGCAACGUGUUCUCCACCUUACCAAGUUAUCUUAAAUAUUAUGGUUUUGAAUCUGGCACGUCAUUUUCUACACCCUAUGUUGCUGGAUCUGUCGCUCUUUUGCUUUCCAACACGAAAAACACGAGUCCGGAUUUAGCAAAGCACGCCUUGAUGAACUUUGCCCAGCCAGUAAGACCACCUAUCUCCGCUAAUCCUUAUGGUGAUUCCCCUAUUCGGCAAGGUGCUGGGGUGGUCGAUGUUGCACAGGCCAUCGAUGGUCUUCAACAAUUCCACGUAUCACCUGCAAAACUUAGUUUUAACGAUACAGCUCACUUUAAUGCCAAGCAGCACAUUACUAUUCAUAAUCACCACUCAAAAGCAUUGACGUUCCACAUACGCCAUGAUCCUUCUUUGACUGCUAAUGGUUAUUCUAUCACAAACGAGUCCUAUACACCCAAUGAACCCGUCCAACUCUACAAUGGAAAUAACUCUGUAGCCAAAUUGAUCUUUUCCAAGUCUGUUGUCACUGUGCCUGCAGGAAAGUCUGUUCAGAUCGAAUUUACAGUCAAGCCUCCUACUAUCUUUAAGCCAUCAUGGCAUUCAAUUUAUGGUGGAUUUAUUUCAGUCUCUACUCAAAAUUUAAAGGCCAAUGUGCCCUAUAUUGGUAUGAUCGGCAACAUGUCUGAUCUCCCCAUUUUAGAUCGAACAGCAGGGCCCUCGAAGAUAGCAGCAUUUCCAUUCCCCUCAAUUGGAUUAGCAGAUGGCGAUAACACAUUAAAUGGAAACAAGACAGGUCAUUUCAAAAUCAAGCGUGUUAAGGGUCAGAAGACUGGUAUGGGCGGACUUUAUUUGAUUGCUAGAUUGUUGACAGGAACACCUGUGCUUCAGAUCCAAAUAUUAGACGCCAAAACAAACAAAGUUGUUGGCGAUGUCCCCAUGACGACAGGAACACCUCGUAAAUGGAUGCUACGCAACACGCUUUCUAUCACUGAGUCAUCUACCACAUUCACUUCUUGGUAUUGGUCAGGCGAAUACGUGCCUAAGGACAGUACAUUGACAGAUAAAUCUUAUAAAGCCAAGGUAGUCGAAUCUGGAUCUUAUCGCCUAAAGCUCCGAGGUCUGCGCGUGUUUGGCAAUCCAGAAUGCGACAAGGACUGGGAUGAAUGGAUUUCGCCCAAAUUAGUACUGGAUAUUGAUUAUGUUAAAUAAAUAAAGGAGUAUAUCCAACCCGCGGAAUUAUCGUUACACCAAACAAUCUAUUUUUGUACAUGAUCAAUAUAAAAAAGGUUUUCUAUCCCCGAUAAAAGUG